AUGACCCGUGAUGAUCUGUUCAACACAAACGCCGGUAUUAUUCGCGACCUCGUCAAAGUUAUCGCUGUUGAAGCUCCCAAGGCUAUGAUUGCGGUCAUCACCAACCCAGUCAACUCAACAGUACCAAUUGCAUCUGAAGUUAUGAAGCAGCAUGGCGUAUACGAUAAGCGCCGCAUUUUCGGAGUCACUACCUUGGACGUGGUCCGUGCACAGGCCUUUGUCGCCGAGCUUAAGGGACUCGAUGCCUCGAAGACUGUUGUUCCUGUAGUGGGAGGCCAUGCUGGAACGACUAUUAUUCCCUUGCUUUCUCAGGUGACACCGAAAGUGAGCUUCACUGAUGAUGAAAUCAUGAAAUUGACGCCAAAGAUUCAAGAUGCCGGAACUGAGGUCGUUAAAGCCAAGGCUGGAGCGGGAUCUGCAACGUUAUCAAUGGCUGUGGCUGGAGCUCGAUUUGCCAAUGCUCUCGUUCGUGCAAUUAAGGGUGAUAAGAAUGUCAUGUGUGCUUACGUAGCAUCAGAUGCGGUGAAAGGUGUUGAGUACUUCUCCACUCCUUUGGAGCUUGGACCUAAUGGAGUAGAGAAGAUUCUUGGUGUUGGACAGGUGAGCAAAUUCGAGCAACAACUCAUCGACGCCUCCGUUGAAGAACUGAACAAAAACAUCAAGAAAGGUGUUACGUUCGCCAAAGGAAACUAA